CAUAAUAAAUUCUGUCAGUUUAAUUUCAAAUCAGAAAUAAUCAUGUCAAGUCGUUUGUCAAGUAAAAAGUUGACAAGGUCCAGUGAUAUAUUUUUAAUAAAUAAUUGGAUCUACCAUUCGGAUGCCACCCUUUAAAUUAUGAUUUAGUGAGUAACAAAAAAUAUUUAUGAAUAUACGUGUGUAUUUCAGGAAUUGUUUAAAAGCAGUUAUUUUAUUGUGGGCCGGCAUCAUAGCUUUCCAUUCAUCGGUGACCGCUUUCAAGAUAAAUAGUAGGGAAAUACGUGCAGUAAAUUUAAACUAUUGUGGAGGAUUCCUUAGAAAUAUAGAACUAUACAUGGUUUAUGCAGAAGAGGGGGACAAGCUCAAGGAAUUCUUUGAAUUCAUAGACAUUCCAGGAGAUACUGGACCAAUAAAACGUAUGGUGAUACCUUAUGAUCAAACACCGUGUGAAGGAGAAAUGCAGAAAAUCGAAUUGCCCGUAAAG